AUGAAAGCUGCAAGCAUAUUCUUUGUUUCCGCCCUGUGCACGCAGGUGUAUGGCUUGGAUAAGCAACAACUCCUCGGCUCGUUCGACCUUUCCGGGAGCUCUUACCAAUGCGAGAACGGUGUGAAGCCUUCGAUUGAAUGCGUCGAUCCAGCGUCAAACAAAUACACCUGCUCAUGCAAUUGCACCAACGGCGUUAUCAUCAGUCAGCCGCUCACUUCGUUUACUCAGGCCGGUGGAAGCUGCUGUUCUUCUUUGGACGACUGCCAGGCAGAGAUGGACAAAUAUGUCAAGGCCGAGCAAGAGUUGAAAACUCAGCUCAACGAGGAACGAGAAAGACACGCUAAGCGCGAGGAAGAAUUUUCGGCAGCGCUGAUCACCUGGAAGAGGACACCUUUCAAAUAUAAGGGCUGCUGGAAGGAUACUUCAAGUCGAGUACUCAGAGGGAGCGGGCGAAUCCACGAUCUUUCAAUGACGCGUCAGAAGUGCGAAACCCACUGCCAGAACUCCACACAUUAUGCCGUUCAGGCUGGCACUGAGUGCUGGUGUGGAAAUGAAAUAGCCGAAGCGACAGAGAAGCUUCAGGAGUCAGACUGUGACUACAAGUGCAUGGGCGACCAGAGUCAGAUAUGCGGAGGCUCUUGGAAAAUGUCUCUCUUUUCAAAAGAAAUGUGA